CCGCGGCUUGGAAGCAGCCGUUGGCGCCGCCCCGUUGCCCAGCCGGCUGGACGCGGUGGCCGGGGAGCGCGAGGCGGAGGGCCGCGGGCUCUCGCUCCGCCGCGGAGACGCUGCGGCCCUCGGGGCGGCUGAGGAGGAGCCCAGCAUGUCGCUGCCUCCGGAGAAGGCGUCCGAGCUGAAGCAGCUCAUCCACCAGCAGCUGAGCAAGAUGGAUGUCCAUGGUAGGAUAAGAGAAAUCCUGGCUGAGACCAUACGGGAAGAAUUGGCACCUGAUCAACAACAGUUAUCAACGGAAGAUUUGAUCAAAGCCCUUAAACGCCGGGGAAUCAUUGAUGAUGUGAUGAAAGAACUUAAUUUUGUUUCUGAUAAUGUUGAUCAAGAACCCCCUUCGUCUCCAAAACAACCUGUUUGCUUUACUGACAGACAAUCAACGUUGUUAAAAAAAACUAAUAUUGAUCCAACACGGAGGUAUCUUUACCUUCAGGUUUUGGGUGGAAAAGCUUUCUUGGAACAUCUGCAGGAACCUGAGCCUUUACCAGGACAAGCUUGUUCAACGUUUACUUUAUGUUUACAUUUCCGAAAUCAACGUUUUCGUUCUAAACCUGUUCCAUGUGCCUGUGAACCAGAUUUUCAUGAUGGCUUUUUACUUGAAGUCCACAGAGAAAACUUAGGCGAUGGAACUAGAAUGGCUGAUUCAACAGCAAUGUUAUCAAUAAGUGACCCAGUUCACAUGGUGCUGAUCAAAACAGACAUAUUUGGUGAGACCACUUUAGUAGCAUCCUAUUUUCUGGAAUGGCGAUCGGUUUUGGGCUCGGAAAAUGGAGUGACCAGUCUUACUGUGGAACUUAUGGGUGUAGGCACAGAAUCGAAAGUUUCUGUGGGAAUUUUAAAUGUAAAACUUGAGAUGUACCCACCACUCAAUCAGACAUUAUCACAGGAAGUAGUGAACACACAGCUUGCUUUGGAACGUCAGAAAACUGCAGAGAAAGAGCGGUUAUUUCUUGUAUAUGCCAAACAGUGGUGGAGAGAGUAUUUGCAAAUACGGCCCUCGCACAGCUCACGGCUGGUGAAGAUUUUUGCACAGGAUGAAAAUGGGAUAAACAGACCAGUCUGUUCUUACGUCAAACCACUUCGAGCUGGGAGGCUUCUGGAUACCCCCAGGCAAGCGGCAAGAUUUGUCAACGUCCUUGGCUAUGAAAGAGCCCCUGUUAUUGGAGGAGGGGGCAGACAGGAGCAGUGGUGCACUCUGCUGGCCUUUCUCUGCAGGAACAAGGGUGACUGUGAAGACCACGCCACCCUCCUGUGCAGCCUGCUCCUUGGGUUCGGGCUGGAGGCCUUCGUCUGCGUCGGGACCAAGGCAAAGGGAGUGCCCCACGCGUGGGUGAUGACUUGUGGGACUGAUGGAGCCAUCACUUUCUGGGAGAGCUUAACAGGGCACAGGUACAUCCACAAACCGGCAAGCCCUGACGAGCCUCCAGCUGCCGAGCAGCCCAAACCGCUGUACCCAUAUCGGACAAUUGGUUGUGUUUUCAACCAUCAGAUGUUCCUGGGGAAUUGCCAGCCCUCUGACUCAGUAGAAAUCUGUGUAUUUGAUUUGAAUGAUGAAUCCAAGUGGAAACCCAUGAGUGAAGAAGCCAUUAAGUCUGUAUGUGCUCCAGGAGCCACAGUGUCCCUUCCUCCCUUCCCGCCGCUGUGCGCCUCCACAAUGGAUGCCUCGGUGACAAGCAAUGAGAUAGAGAUGCAACUGAGGCUGCUGGUGUCAGAGCACAGGAAGGAUCUUGGCCUUACCACUGUCUGGGAAGACCAGCUCUCCUAUCUCUUGUCACCAGCGUUGGCUUCGUAUGAAUUCGAGCGUACGACAAGUAUCUCUGCAGGCAAUGAGGAAUUCCAGGACGCCAUUCGGAGGGCCGUACCUGAUGGUCACACCUUCAAAGGGUUCCCCAUACACUUUGUGUAUAGAAACGCAAGGCGUGCGUUUGCCACUUGUCUUCGGUCUCCUUUCUGUGAAGAGAUAAUCUGCUGCCGUGGAGACCAGGUGCGGCUGGCAGUUCGUGUUCGAGUGUUUACUUACCCUGAGUCUGCGUGUGCUGUUUGGAUCAUGUUUGCUUGUAAAUAUCGCUCGGUAUUAUAGGACUAACAUUUCUGUAAGAACGUGCCUGUGUUUAUUGGAAUUUUACACACUGUACAUAGUAGCUGUUUAGAGGUUCAUUAUUUUAAAAAUGAUAAUGUGGCUUGGAUGUCAUAUUUCACUUUUGUAUAUACCUGCCUGAUAACGUUUGAAAACAAAUCAUGAUGUGUGUAUUUAAAAAUUAAGGAUGAAAACUUAUAUAAAUCUGAGUGGAAUUUAGUAUAAAUUAAGUGUAUAUAUAUCCUAUUUUAAUAAAUGCUACUUUGUUUAUAGGUAGCCAGUAGUUUAAAUAUGAGUAUAAAAUGUGCUCAGUUUUCUUUACAUUAACAGGUAAUUAGAAAGAUACUUCUCUAAGGGUUUGAGCCAUACUAAAAUUAAUAUGACCAGAAUUUUUCAUAGAUUAAUGGGAUUAUUUUAUAUAAAUUAGGAGAAAUUAACUUUACAACAGACUUAUUUAUUACAUAGGUGAAAAUACGUUUUGGUGAGUUACCACUUUUGUGGUUUACCCAUAACUAUAGUGAUAUUUGAGACUUAACAGAAAUUUAUUGGAAGACUUUGAUGUAAGAAUAGGAAAAAACUAGUGUCAGGAAAGCAUCAAUAUUAAUAACAAAAUGAAUGUCACAUGAAAGUACAUGAAUAAUUUAUAAAUAUUUGUCAGUUUGAUUCAUUAUCAAAAUGAAUUGGGUAUUUUAGAAAAAAUUUAUCAUGCCCUUUUGUUAUGAUAUUGGUAAGUCUUUUUUCUGUGAUUAAUACUGGCAGUCUGUUGCUAAUACUCUGUCAUCAGAGGAGUCAUUACUAGCCUCUUCAUGGAUUUCGGCUUCUGAAACCACAUUCUUUCUUUUUUCCUUUGUAAUGUAAACUUCAGUGCAUAUGUGAUGAAUCUAAAUCAGAGAGUCAUCAUGUGAGGCCACUGAAAAAUAAGCAUAUGUGAGUGACUUCAUGCUAUUUGUCUUUAAAUUGAGCAACAGUGAGCAUAAAAAGACUGCAGCAGUUUGACUUUUUGUAAGAAGCUGUGUGUGUAGCUGACAGGUGUGACUGUCAGUCAGCGUCUCCGUGCAGUUCUUACUUCAGCUCCUUCAUCCAUGGGUCUUCUUAGGAAAAUAACUGUAGACCAGUUGGCUGAACGAGUGAUUCUUUUCAUCACUUUAAUUCACCAUCACAGAUGAAACGAUUUAAUGUUCUUAAAAAUAUUAAAAUCUAAAGAUACCCUAAAAUUUACAUUUUGUUAUUUUUUUUACAUACAAUAAAUAUUUAUGAUUUAACUUGCUUAAAAGUCUGAAAAUAUCCUUUCAGUUUCUUAUUGGAAAUGGUCAAAUGUUUCUUGAGAGACUGACAGGACUUUAGAGAAUUAGCAAAAAUAAGGAUUAAGACUUUUUUUACUCUGUUACCAAAAUUACUCAUAAAGCUAUCAACAUAGAAAAUUGCUUAUAAUUUUCAGCUUUUGAAACAAACUGAAGCAUGUGCUAAGAGGCAGACUUAAGAUCAAGGCUGUGUUAUCGCUGAGGCCGGGCCGGAGAAUUCCACCCUUACUGUGCCAGGGUAACACGCGCAUUUAUAGUGAGCCUUUGGUAUAAUUCUAAAAUAAAUUUUCUUUUUGUGCGCUUUAUAGUAGUCUGUCAUGAAUUAAUAUUUUUCUCUGAAGAUGGUUUAUUUGAAAAUACAUCAGUUCAUUUCUCACUAGAGUUCUGCUACUAUUCUUACUAGUAAUUUUCCUUUUUAAAAAUUAAAUUUGCCUUGUAUAUUUAGCUCUGUCAUAGCAGUUGUUUUUAUAUCAAAAAUGUAAAAAAAAAAUUUAGUGUAAUGCUUCUAAUGUGUUCUUUUUGACAGUAUGUGCACUAACAUAGUUUUCUAUGUAUAUGUCAUGUAUAAAUAGAUGUAUUUAAUAGAAAAAUAUCGGAAACCUAGACACAUCAUUACUCAAGUAUGAACCUGUUGAAUAAAACUUACUAAAUUCAGUUCCAGCUAACUGAACACUCCAAGUGCCUGCAAGAUUUUUUCUAGGACGGAGGCAUGCAUUUUUAGCUAUGAUCUGCAAAAGCACACCUUCUCCUGGAAGUGCUGCAAAGUACACACACGUGAAACCCAUUUUUCUACUUCGUAACAAAGACAAGAUUUGAGCCAAAUGGAUUGUAGGCUUUAAAUUCGAAGAUAAUAUUGCUUGCAAAGUAGCAUUCUCUGCCAGCCGUCUGACCAUUAGAGGGCAUUAGUUAUGAGCCAUGUUGCUUAAACUAACACAUUCACAUCUCAGAUUUCAUAUUCUGCUGAACAAGAAAGUAGCUUAGGUUAGACUACCAUUUGCAAUUAUAUAAUUUUCUUCUGUGACUCUUAGAUAGCAGUUUUGUACUUUCUGCUUAAGUAGACAAGUACAGGAGUUAGAUCUGCUUUUUUGUUUUUUUGAAUUGAAGUAUAUAGUUGGUUUGCAAUGUUGUGUUACUUCCUGGUGUACAGCAAAGUGAUUAAGUUAUAUGUACAUUCCACUUCAUGUUCUUUUUUUAUUAUAGAUUAUUACAAGGUAUUGAAUAUAGUUCCCUGUGCUCUAUAGCAGGACCUUGUUGUUCAUCUGUUUUAGACACAGCAGUUAGUAGAGUUAAAUCUGGUAGUCGCUAGUUAGUCUCCAGUAGUUAAAUAAGCCUGUGUAAACCCUAAAAACCACAGUAACCAAACACAUGAAGUAGACGCCGUCUAAUUUUGAAGACUCUUACACACGGUGUAUAGCAUAUUCUACAUUUAAGGCACAAGUUCAGUUAUAAUCAUCAGUGCAUUUAAAUGUGGAUAUUAAAUAGAAUUUUCUCCUGAGAUUUGGUUGGAAUAAUUGCUGUAAUUACAUUCGACUUGUGUUUGGUUUAUGAAGUGACUACUUGAUGCCAGUGCUGAAAUAGUGAGGGGUGUUAGAAGGAAAGGAGAGGCGGUUGCCAGCUGGUGGUUAGUUCACAUACACUCCUGUGAAAUGAAGGAGUUCUUUCUCUGAUUCUACUGAAUUUAGUACUCUCACUACGGAACAGGUGUUUCCUAGCAUUUUUGACAGUAGCUAGUUUUUCAGUGGUUUUGUAUCUAAUCCAAAGUAGAAUUUUAACUACAUUUUGCUGUUUUUACAUGUGGUUUAGUAUUUCAUGGCCUGGAAUCACAGGAUUUUGGACUUGAAAGGACUCUUAGGUCUCCUAGUCCGCUGAUUUUCUAUACUAGUGAGAUGGAGAUCAGAGGACACACAUCUGUGACGAAGCAGCCCUAGAUCUCCGCUGCCUCUCUGUGUACAGAGACGUGAGUGCUUCCGUGGGGUUGGCGUCACUGGGGAUGACCACGGAACCAGCCAACGUACAGCAUGGAAAAUUGAAACAGUGUGUUACUCGCUCCUCAAGAUACCAUUCCAAUUUUCCAUCUCUCCUUUUGGUGGUUCUACCUAAGAGGUAUCUUCCACCUGUCUUGUGGUACCCAUCAUAUAACCUACCCAAAAUUACAGUAAUAUUUGAGGUGUCAAGUCACUGACAGAUGAGGCCAGAAUUGCUUUUCAGGGAGGAUGGCCUAGGGAAGCUGAGGUCCUGAGAGGGCCAGUGAGCGGGCUAGGAGUCCUUGUGGUGUGUUCGGUUAGUAACAUAAAGAUAGGCAGGAUUCUAUCUCUGGAUGCGUAAGAGUUUCAGUGAGCGGCUGAGGCACAGGGAUAGAGCCCACUAACAUGCACCUAGAAAAUACUUUAGUCACGUUCAGUCUGUAUUCUGAGAGGAUUGAUUCUGAAAUGCAUUUCUUUACAAGUUAGCCACUACUGGCAAGUUGUUACUUAGCUUUUACAAAAUCUUUUCUUUGCCAGGUGUGUGGUGAGGGAUGGGAACGGUGGCAGUACAAAACUAGGAGGUGAUCGCCAGAGGUUAUCUAUUUGAUUCAAACUUAAGCAAGCAGAUUUUAUCACCAAUGUAACAUUGGUAUGAUAGCUUUAUUGACAUGUAAUUUGCAUACCACACAACUAAUCAAUCUGAAGUGUGCAGUUCAGUGGUUUUUACUAUAUUCAGAGAUACCUGUAACAAUUGCCAGUCAAUUUUAGAACAUUCCAUCACUUCAAAAAGAAGGACCCUUCAGCUGUUGUUUUCUGUCUCCCCACUCCCUGCUCUUCACCGCUUACCCUGGCCCUGAGCAACCAGCAAUCUGCUUUCUAUGUAGAGUUCCUACUCUGGACUCUCAAAAGAAUCAUGAAUAUUUGGUCUUUUGUGACUGGCUUCUUUCAUUCACAUGUAGCAUUCCUUUUUACAGGCAAAUAAUACUCUGUUGCAGGAAAGUACUGUAUUUGUUUACCCAUUUCAGUAGACAUUUUGGUUGUUCCCACCCUUCGGCUAUUAUGAAUAAUGCUGCUACAGACAUUUGUGCACAAGGCUUUGUGUGGGCACAUGGCUUCGUUUCUCUUGGGUAUGUACUUGGGAGAAGAACUGCUGGGUCAUGUGGUGACUACAUGUUUAACAUUUUGGGGAACUGCCAGCUUUACAAAGCAGCUGUGCCAUUUUUCAGUCCUAUCAGCAGUGUACGUGGGUUCUGAUUUUUCCACAUUCUUUCCAAUACCUGUUACCUGACUUUUGAUUCUAGCCAGCCCCGAGGGUGUGAAAUGGCACCUUGUGGUUUUGACUUGCUUCCCUGAUGACUAGUGAUGUUGAGCAUGUUUCAUGUGCUUAUUGGCCAUUUGUACAUCUUUGUAGAAAUGUCUCUUUGGGUACUUUACCCAUUUUUAAAGCAAGCUCUGAGUUUUAUAAAAGAAAAAGUUUGCAUGACUUUUCACCAGUCUCUCUGGCAUGCUUCCAAUAAGACCAGAAUCACCUGGCCCGAUGAUUCCAGUGUGCAUACUCUGGUAUUUUCCACACACUGUGCCCAGUUCGAUACUACUGCCCCUGUGGUGGUGGUCGCCAGUUUUGGCCAUUGUGGCAUAAGACUUCAGAUUUUCUCAAGGCUGGGCAGUAUCGUUUGCCGUGUCUGAUCAUUUUUGGAGUCUGCUUGUACUCCAGGAUGAAUUUUCCACUCUUCAUAACGCGUUGGGACCUGGAGUUGAUAGACUCCAGCGACUUCUUGGUCUUUGUGGCCACAUCUUCCUGCUUUAGCUGAGGGACAGCCCCCAGCAAGAGCAGCCGCCAGUAUGGCCAUGGAUCCAGAAAGGCCCUUUGCCCAUUUUUGGUUGGAUUGUCUUUUUAUUACUGAGUCGUGUGAGUUCUGUCUGUAUUCUAGGUACAAGUCGCUUAUCAGAUACUUGAUUCAUAAAUAUUUUCUUCCAUGCUGUGGGUUGUCUUUACUUACCUGAUUGGGUUCUUUGAAGUACUACAGUUUCAAAAUUUAAAUUUAGCCCAGUGUAUCUGUUUUUUUCUUGUUUUAUUCUUGGUUUUGUUGUCAUAUCUUAAGAAUCCACUGCCAUAUCCAAGGUCAUGAAGACCUACUAUGUUUUCUUCUAAGACUUUUAUAGCUUUAGCUAUUAGGUUUUUAAUCCUUUUUCAGAUAAGGCUUUAACUUUUGCAUGUGUUGUGCGGUAAGAGUCUAGCUCCAUUCUCUUGCACAUGACUAUCCAGUUGUCCCAGCACCAUUUGCUGAAAGACGAUUCUAUCCCUACUAAAUAAUCUUGGUACCCUGGUCAAAAAUCAAUUGACCAUUGCCAUAUGGGUUUAUUUCUGGAAUCUCAGUUCUGUUCCUACUGGUCCAGUCUCUUCUAUUGUGCCAGUACCAUACAUUUUAAUUAUGACUGCUUUGUUGUUAAGUUUUGAAAUUGGGACGUGGGAGAGUCUUUCAACUUUGUUCUUUUUCAAGAUUGUUUUGGCUAUUCUGGGUCCUUUGCAACUCCAUAUGAAUUUUAGAACCAGUUUGUCAAUUUCUGCAAAAAGGCAGGCAGCAUUCUGAGAUUGCCUUGAGUCUGUGGAUUGCUUUGGGGACUAUUGCCAUCUUAACAAUGUUUAGCCUUAUGAUUCAUGAGAAUGGGUUGUUUUCACAUUUAUUUAAAAUCUUCAAUUCCUUCAACAGUGUUUUAUAGUUUUCAGAGUGUAAGUUUGUGUUUCUUUUGUUAAAUUUAUUUCUAUUAUUUUUGAUGCUAUAACAAGUGGAUGUUUUUCUUAAUCUUAUUUUUGGAUUGUCUUGCAUGAUGACAUGCUUUCUUGGGUGGGAGAGAAAUAAGUGGAGGUGUAUAAAUAGGUAGGUGGCUGAGAAUUUCAAAGAUCCCUAGAUGUGCUUAUGGGAAUAUUGUAUAAAUGAAUGCCUGUUGUCUUAUGUGUUCAGUCAGAAUAAAAGUUGUGAAUAGUUGGCCUACAUUAUCUGGGUGGUUCCUUCAGUGUUCUGAUUUAGGUGAGAAAACUUGGCCCAAUAUUUAUAAUCCUGUAAUUAAAAUUAAACUUUGCUCCUGCUAAAAAGAAAAAAAAUGAAUAUUCAGUUAAAACUGAAAAUGUCAAUGGCAUUAUAACAGUAUUACAGUUAGAGAAUGACUUACUUACCAAAUCUUGCAAGGGAAUAACAUUAAUAUCAUUAAAAGAAUAGUGUAGGAAGUUUGUUUAAAAUAUUGUCUUAGAAGUUCAGGUUGAAAUCUGGGAGUCAUGUCUUGAAUACGAAUUUCAAUGUCAAUGAUUUUUUUUCCUAAAGUCUCUUAAAAAUGAUUAUGAUUACUAGGCAGAAAGUAGGGGCAAGGGUUACAUUUCCAGUUCCUGAGAGGAAUGAACAUGCAUAGCAAAUAGAGGAAAGAAAGACAUUAUGUCCAUGAAUGACUUCUGAGAAAGGGUCAAGAGGAAUUCAGGUUCACAGACGAGUUUGGGGGCAAAACCCGAGGGAACAGCCCAACUGAAAUAUAAGGAGGCCGGCCAUACCUCUAACCUUCCACAGAAAUUGCCAAGGCAGGGCUUAAAGGAUAACUAAAGGGUGCUUAAUUCACUGCUUGUUUAAUUUAGUUAAAAGGUGAGCCAUGUUCGUGCUGGUUGCAUGUUGACCUUGGAAGAGAAAUGAACCUUUCACAGGGUCAGAGCAGAAUUCCAGAGCCCAGCAUUGCUCCAGGAUUCUACCUAUGUACAUUAGGGGGGGAAGACCGAAGGUUUUGAACAAAGAGAAGGGUUGUUUUUUUUUUUUUUAUAAAGGUCAGCAAAAAUUAAGCAACAGAGGUUUGAAAAAAAUGGUUCUAGAUUGUCGCAUGGACGAGAGAUGACUUCACUCUGACAAUGGAUUGUUUCUCUUCAAGUUAACCCGAAACUCUGGCUUCUUUAAAGUUUCAUUGAAAAUCCUGUAUUUUCAAGCAAUGGUUGUCAAACAUCAAAAUUUCUCUAUCAAAUAAAGAUUUUUUUGUGCUCU